CGAUCAGAGCAGAAACAGAGUCGAGUCGAGUCGAGUCUCGAGUGCAGUGUGUGUUUCGCGUUUCGGUUACGAUUUUGGGGAAUUUGGGGAACGGAACUCGGACUCAGAUUCGGAUACGUUUACGAGUUUGAAUUACAAGAGAAAAGCUUUUGCUACCGAUUUUUGUUGGUGUGUGUAAACGAGUGUUUUGUUUUCGAAAAAUUCCAGACAUCGCGCGGACUCACGACUAAAUUAAAUCAAAUCAAAUCAAAUCCCAUACAAUACAAUCCACUACACUACAAUCCUACAAUACAAUCCCCACCACAAUCCAAUAAAAUCCAAUCCAAAAGUUGGCGCUGGUCAAAAUCGAGCCCCAGCAACAGAAAAAGCAACAGCACAACCAAGCAAACGGCAUUCUUUCGCGCAACAACAACAAAAACGUAACCGACUUGAGCGAGAGAGCUGACGUCCGCGAUCGCUCUCUUUCCCACUCUCUCUCACCCUGCUUGCCAGUUGAGUUAGUUGUGUGCGUGUGUGUGUGUGUGAUCGCGCGCGUAUGUGUAUGUGAAUUUUGAUUAAAACGUAGUGUGCUCGUGCUCCCCCUCUCUCCCUCUCUCACUCUCUUCGGCGCCCACAAGUGCGGCCUGGAAUGCGUUGACUGCGCAGUCGCAGCGCGCGAUUUGAAGAGGUCAGGCAGCCAGCAGCAGCAGCAAAAGCAAAAAUAAAACACAGUUUGGUGGCAUUUGAAGCAACAACAGCAAACAAAACGCAAAAGUGUGAACAAAUCAGUGAAGAAAAGUAUAAGAAGAAGCAGCUGGCAGCUGGAGAAAGAGUCAAAGAAAGCAAAAGAUAAAACUUAAACUCUCAAUUUUUGUGGAUUACGCGGCAGCAGAUCGAAGGAAAAACAGCAACAAAUAACAGCAGAGAAACAACAACGAAAAACCAGAGACAAUAUGCCGACAACAACUGCAGCGGCAAACGUUGUCAUCGGCCGUGCAUAAGCAAACGUAUUUCGAACGUGCGCGCUGUAUACGGAAAAUGAUGCAGCAUGCGAGCAUUUUGCACCGUCAGCGCGCCCCUGGAAGUAUGCGCGUCCUCAGCCGAGCAACUGUCACCAGGCUCGCGAUUCCUGGCCCUGAGACUUCUGGGGCAACAGCAGCAGCCGAAAACCCUGUACUUCCUAGUCGAUGCCAAGAGCCGUGUACGAGAGGUCUACACGCAGACAUGUCUGCACUUUGCCACGCAGGGUAUGCUGGACACCGAGCUGUUCGGUCUGGCAGUGCUCAUAGAUGGCGAGUACAUGUUCGCAGACCCCGAGAGCAAGCUCUCCAAAUACGGACCCAAGAGCUGGCGAUCCUCGCACACCCACGGUUUGGAUGCCAAUGGACGGCCACUCCUGGAGCUACACUUUCGCGUGCAGUUCUACAUCGAGAGUCCGUUCAUGCUGAAAGAUGAGACGUCGCGGCACAACUACUACCUGCAGCUGCGGCACAACAUCCUGCAGCGGGAGCAGCUGCCACGGGAGCAUGCCGAGCAGGCGCUGGUCUUUCUGGCCGGCCUUGCCCUGCAAGCGGACCUGGGCGAUGCCCCACCAGCCCCAGCCCCAGCCACAGCACCAGCACCAAGCCAAACCCCAAGCCAAGCCCAGACAGCCAACAAGGAGGACUCCAGCGAGGAGGCUGGCGGCACCGCCACAUGCCCAAGAGCCGCCGCCACAACGAUGACGCUGCCGAAGAUCAGCAAGCGGCUGAGCAGCGCCAAUGAGCGGAUGCUGCGCCUCUCCACGUACGUGGCCUCCACCUCCACCUCCACCUCCAAGCGGGAUUCGCUGCCGCUGCCGCCACUUCCGCCUGCACUGCCGCAGCCGCUGCCCGUGUCCGGCACGGACUACUUCCGCAUCGAGGACUAUCUGCCGGGCAGCCUGAACACGCCCUGGGCGAGGAGUGCGCUGCGGGCAUGCCACCGGGAACACCUGGGCAUGGCCGCAUCCGAGGCGGAGCUGCUGUACAUUCAGCAGGCGUGCAGCCUGCACGAGACGAUCAAUGCGCACACAUUCCGGAUGCGGCUGGCCAAGAGCGAGCAGGGGGCAGGCAGCUCCUGGUUCGUGGUCUAUGCCAAAGGCAUCAAGAUCCUCGGCGGGCUAGAGGGAGCAGGAGCAGCAGCAGAGGCCUCCACCACCAGCACCACCACCACAACCACCUUCCUGUGGCCCAACAUAACGAAGCUGUCGUUCGAGCGAAAGAAGUUCGAGAUCCGUUCGGGGGAGAGCCGCAUCACGCUGUACGCCGCCUCCGAUGAGAAGAACAAGCUGCUGCUGACGCUCUGCAAGGACACGCACCAGUGGAGCAUGAAGCUGGCGGCCCGCCUCAAGGAUGCCCACAAGCGGGAGGAGGAGGAGGCCGAAUCGAAUCGCCUGCACGCCAGCUACGCCUGCUCCCGGAGCCUGCUGCUGCCGUACAAGAGCAAGAACGAGCAGCGCAUCUCGGUGAUAUCCAGCACCAGUUCCAACACCACCUCGGGCAUUGUCAGCGAUCGCGUCCACUCCGAGGAUGAGCUGGAGAUCAUGAUCAACACGCCGCCAGCACCGCUGGCAGCGCCCUCCACCGAGAGCCUGGCCCUGGCGCAUCUUCUGGACAGACCCAGCGUCAGCAGGCAGACCUCGUCCGUGGGCCAGAUGUCCCUCAAAGAUCUGGAAGAGCAGCUGGCGGCGCUGAGCGUGCGCCCAACGGAUACGUCAUCUGGCAACGGAGCAUCUGGCAUAUCGGGCAGCAAUUCCUCCUCGGGGCCCAGAACCUCUCUGUGCAACACCAACGCCAACGACUCUUCGACGGCCACGGAUUCGCCCAGUUCCCAGCACAACAUUGGCUCCCAGUGCUCCUCCACGUGCAGCACUGUGGUGGUGACAUCGCCCGUGAGCGGCGUGGGCGACUCAGGAGCCACAACCGCCAGCAGCAUAGCCGUGCACUCGACAUCGUCCAGCCUGGAGCUGGGCUUCAGCCACACCGCGCAGAACUCGGCGCUGAGUGAAACGAACGCCGAGGACUUUCCGGAGAGCGUAUCCGGCGCCUCGGGCGUGUACACGCUCGCGCAUGGCGCGCCCCCCACAGAGACCUCCGGCGUGUAUACGAUGCACAGCAGCGAGCUGACGGGCCAGUCCUCGGAGAUGGCCGAGUCGGAGAAGAGCUCACACUACGGCAUGUUCCAGCCCACAGAGUCCAUGGAGAUGGAGGACGGGGGACCCUCGGACCUUGUACUGGACCUCGUGGAUGGCGGCAAGAAGCGUGCAGAGUUCCGGCUGCGCUCCGAUUCGAACAUCAGCACGGGCAGCUCCUUCCGCGGCGAUGGCAGCGAUCCCACGGACAACAAGCACUCGCUGCUCUCCGCCGAGGAGCUGACGAACCUCAUCGUGGGCCGUGGCACCUACCCGAGUCGCAAGACCGUGUCCAGCACUUUGCACUCGGACUGCGACUACGUGACGAUGCCCAUACCCCUGGAGGCGACCAGCGAGGCGGAUGACGAGGAGCAGGAGCUGCCGCCGGCACCGCCACCGCCGUACAGUGCACGGCACGAGAAGACGGGCCUGUGUGGACCGCCAGUGGCGCCACCGCCAGUGCCGCCCAUGCCCAAGACAGUGGCCAAGCCCAAGCCCAUGCCCAUCGUAGUGGCAGCGCCGCCCAAGCCAGAGCCACCGCCCAGUCCCAGUCCGGCGCCACCGCCGCCGCCCACAGCACCGCCGCCAUCGGUGGCGUCUCUGCGACGCAGAGAUCCACCGCCAUAUCCCAGCAGCAGCAAGCCCCGACCCACGUCGCUCAUCUCGGUGGCCUCCUCGGCCAAUCCGGCGCCCAGUACGGCCGGAUCUUUGAGUUCUCUCAAGUGCGAGGAGGCGACGGCGCGCUUCAUUACGACGCGACCGCAGAUCAGCAUCCUGAAGGCGCACACCAGCCUCCUGCCCGACGGGGCCAAGCCGAGCUAUGCGGCGCCACACCACUGCUCCUCGGCAGCGUCCUCCAGCGGAUCGGUGUGCAGCCACCAGCUGUCGCAGCAGUCGCUGCACAACUCCAAUUACGCGGGUUCCGGCUCACAGGCGUCCCUGCACCACCAUACGCAUCCGCAUGCGCAUCCACACCACCGGAUGGUGGAUCCGCACCAGCAUCCGGCGCACCAUCCGCACCAUCGGCACUCGGGCUCGGCGGCCAUUGGCAUACCGAUAGUUCCUUACGGCCUACACAAGAGCACCGCCUCGCUGCACCACCAGCAGACGCAGCAGGCGUGCGUCCUGCUGCCGGUGAUCAAGCCGCGCCAGUUUCUGCCACCGCCGCCGCCCAGUCUGCCACGCCAGCCGCCGCCACCACCACCGCCAGCACACCAUCCCCACCAGCUGCAGCAUCCGCAUCCACAUCCACAUCCACAUCUGGCCGGGCAUCAUCUGUACACGAGUCAGCUGGCGCGGAAGCAGCUGGAACUGUAUCAGCAACAGCUGUACAGCGACGUGGACUACGUGAUCUACCCGAUACAGGAUCCGGCCGUCAGCCAGCAGGAGUAUCUGGACUCCAAGCAGGGAUCCCUGCUGGCGGCCAUGGCCCAGGCACCACCACCGCCGCACCACCCAUACCUGGCCAUGCAGGUGUCGCCGGCCAUCUACCGGAGCACGCCCUACCUGCCGCUGGCGCUGUCCACGCACUCGCGUUACGCCUCCACCCAGAACCUGUCGGACACGUACGUCCAGCUGCCCGGCGCCGGAUAUUCGCCGCUCUAUUCGCCCUCGAUGGCCAGCCUGUGCUCCUCGUACGAGCCACCGCCGCCGCCACCGCUGCAUCCAGCGGCGCUGGCCGCUGCCGCUGCGGCCAAUGCGAGCGCCAACGCCUCCUCGAUGUUCGCACGAUCACGAUCAGACGACAAUAUUCUGAAUUCGCUCGACUCGAUGCCCAAAGGGAGGCGCUUGCCGCCGCCACCGCCGCCACCCUAUGUGAACAGGCGCCUCAAGAAGCCGCCCAUGCCGGCGCCCAGUGAGAAGCCGCCACCAAUUCCUUCGAAACCCAGUCCCAGCACGUCGUCGUGCAUCCUGCCGCCACGCAAGCCGCCCACGCUGAAUCCCCACAAUGCCAACAGUCCGCUGACCAAAACCUCCAGCGGCGCCCAGUGGGCGGGAGAGCGGCCGAGGCCCGAUAUGGGCGUGGGCCUGAAUCGCGCUGGCAAUAGCAUUCUGGCCCAGCUGCAGGCCUCCAUGGCAGCGCAGAGUCACGCCCAGGCACAGGCACAGGCCCAGGCACUGGACAUUGCCCUGCUGCGGGAGAAGAGCAAGCACUUGGAUCUGCCACUCAUCUCGGCGCUGUGCAACGAUCGAUCGCUGCUCAAGCAGACCAAGGUGAUGGUCAAUCCGAAGAAUGCCAACGAAGUGGGAGGAGCAACAGCAGCAGCAACCUCCUCCUCCACCUCCAGCGCCAGCGCCAAUGCGAAUGGAAACGCCAACUCCAACUCCACGUCGCCCUAUUCGGGCGGCGGCGCUGGAACACUGAGCAAAACGCGAAAGCAAAACUCUGCUGCAGUGGUCAGCCAUCGGCAUCCGCAGGACAAGCUGCCGCCGCUGCCCGUACAGCAGCUGGCGGAGGCCAACAACUAUGUCAUGGAUCCCGCUGUGGUGAUGAAGCACCACAAGAGCUACAACAACUCGCAGACCUAAAACGGAGAAACGGAAAUGGGAAGGAAAGCAAAGCGAAGCGAAGCGAAGGCCAGACGACACUCUUCUCUCUAGUUCGAAUUGCUGUUUGAUGUGUUUGUAUAUGUGUAUUUGUGAUGUGUGUGUGUGUGUGUGUGUGGUGGCAUGCUACAAUUGGAAAGAUUUGCAUAGAUCGAGAGUCGAGAGUUGAGAGUUUGAGAGUUGGAGUUGAGAGAUCGAUCACAGUGUUUCGGACGCGGUGCGUAGACAGAAGAAUUCGGACAGAUCUAGAACCACAAAACAGACCCCUAAACAGCAGCAGAACAGAAGCAUAACAGUAACAGUGCAGUAAAAGUAACAGUGCAGUAAAAGUAACAUUGCAGUAACAGUUUAACGUGCAGUAACAGUUUAACAGUGCAGUAACAGUUUAACAGUGCAGUAACAGUUUAACAGCUUAACACGAACGUAACGCGACGUAACGUAAGAACCUCAAGAACAACGCAUUCAAAUAACAGAACCCAGUCUAGUCACAGUUAGAGAAGAGGGACAGAGACAACCAUACAGAGAAUGACAAAAACAAAACAAAAAACCAGAGAGAAUUGAUAGAGAGAGAGCGAGAAAGAGAGAGGUAGGAGCACCACUAUAUUAACUACGGAGAAACGAGAAACGGAAACAAUACUCAAGUAUAAAAUACGACAACUACUUAAUUACACUAAACACUAAAGCUUAAUACGAAUAGUCUUAGUAGCGGCAACUUAGGCCAGAUGCGAAUACUUACACUAACUACAACUACUUCCGCCCAAACAACUGUGAUUGAUUUUUUUAACUUUAAACUUAACUACAUUUUAAUGCUACUUUAGUCAGCAACAAGAACAACAAACAACAACAACAUCGAAUGCAACAAAACAAAACAAAAACUAUGCAAAUUUUUAUAGUACGUAGAAUCGCCCCACCCUCACUCACCCCCUCACGCACACAUUAUACCACCACAACGAAUCGGUUCCAGCGAAUGAUCCAUACGUAUGAUCCGUAUAUCGUAUAUUGUAUUGUAUCGUAUUGCACAUUCGCUGGACGAAAGGAACUAAAGAAUUUCAAGAGUGCCCAGACUUGCCCAUUACCAACACCGCCCCCGCUCACACCCACCGUAUCUGAAUUUAGCGAGUGAAAACGAGAGAGAGUUGAUAACGUUCUAUAUAUUUUUUUGUAUCCAUUUUUGUGUUUUUAUUAUUAUUAUCUUUUGUCGUUUAACCAAGCCAACCCCUCUGGAGAGAAUGUGUGUGUUUUGUGUGUGUGCAAAAAUGAUUUCGAGUUUUUCGAUGGAUGUCACAAAUAUUUGCGUAGAUUUUUCUCGACUAAAAGUCUAUGGCUAAAUUGAGUAAUGUGAUUUUUGAGAAAAUGUAAAAAUUUUUGCCAUAUAUAUCUUACAUAUAUAUAUAUAUA